CGGCAGCCGCCAAUGAGGCGCGGGUUUGUUGGUUGGUGAACUAGCAGAGAGUUUGUGCCGCUGAGGAGGCUGUGUGCCCCAGCUUACGUGAGGGACAGGGUGGGAUAACCCCCGUCCAGCCCCGCCGGCAUGGGGGGUAGCGAGAGCAGCCACGAGAACAGGAAGGUCUCGUUCGGGCUGGAUGAGCAGGAGCGAGUUCGGGUGCUGCAGGGCAUUAGGCUCUCUGAAGAUGUAGUGAACCGAAUGAAGGAAACUUCUCAACUUAAAGGGGACAAGAGACCAUCUUCCUUUCCUUCUCCCUCAUCCUAUGGCACUGCAUCAUCACCACAAGCUGCAAAAGGGAAGCCCAAGUGUACUACAGGAAUCCAUCCACCAACUACCAGUAGCUCUGGUCAGAAGCCCUCUGAGGCGGAGGAGGAGCUGUACAAAAGGUAUGAGCGAGAGCAGGCACUGGUCCAAGAGGAACUGCUCCGGCUGGCCAAGAGGGAACGGGAGGCAGGCAGCGAGUGUCUCAAUACAACCCUGCAACGGGAAAAGAACAGCACCAAUGAAGAGAGGCAGAAAGCAACUCGGAUGCCUGCGGAUUUGGAUGCCUGGGCACGGGAGCUACAGUGCAAGGAGGCGGAGCUGAAACGGCGAGACGCCUUCUGUAAGGAGCAGUUGGCCCGUAUUGAGAGGAAGAAUGCUGAAAUCUACAAGCUGACAUCAGAGCAAUUCCGUGAGGCAGCCACUGGUGCAGAGAACCACAUAAAACAAAGACCUGAUUUAGCUUACUCAGUGGGAGGGGGAGAGGAGGAUCUGAAAUCCUGGAUUUCAUGUGUACACAGCCUUCCUUCCCAUUGGACAGCAGAGAAGCAAAGGCGGAGGAACACUGAGCCUAUAUGCGGAGGGCUGCAGUCUGAGAUUCUGAAGUGCUACCAAGAAAACAAGCAUGAAGUACUCAAGUGCUCAGAGCUGGCCAAGGAGUACCAGCGCUGUGUUAGUUCAGCACAGAAGAUGGAAUGUGAUUACCAAAGAAGACAGAUUGCAUUAAACUUCAGCAUAUUCACAAGCUGCAGCUCCAACUCGCCUGAGAAAGAAGCUGGGAAGCUGCCAGUCCUGAGCCCCAGCCUGACAUUAUUAAAGAGUAAAUUGGAGGCUGAAUGACUGGUAACAGCAGAGGGCAGUGAAAGAUCCUGUUAGCUUGGAGGUUGUGAGGUUUUUUUAAGUUGUGUGUUUUCUUUAUAAACCAAAUACCUGGGCAAUUUUAGUUCCCAGAGAAUUCUGUGUACAGUGAACCUUGCUCGAAAGUUUCCCUUGGUGUUGUGGAAAUCUGCUGGAAAGAGGUGCUGGCAGGGUAUUGAAGCACAUGUUACAUUCAUGUGCUGCAGGUGAUGGCAAGGUGGAAGGAAAUCUCUAUGUACUGGGAGGGAAGAGAGGCUACUGCCAGGGUAACUGUGAGCUCUGAGGUUAUCAUUUGUGGUGAAUUCUCCAUCAGUGGACCUUUUUAAACCAAGAUUGGAUGUUUUUCCAGAGGAUAUGCUCUAGUUCAAACAGGAAUUAAUUCAGGGAAGUCCUGUUGCCUGUGUUAUACAAGAGGUCAAACAAGAUAAUCACAACAGUGCCUUCUGGCUUUAUAAUCUAUGAAUUAAAAGGUUCUGAAAACACUGGAUCAAAUGGAGCCCUGGUGUAAACUCUUACAGCUUCAGUGAGUUCUCUGGCUUACCCCAGGUUUAACUCUGGCCAGGGUGGUUAACCCCACUGGUGUAUGGCGUCCUCUGAACCCCAAGAUGUGUGCAUUGCCUUGGUCACAGGCUGCUGGCUAUUUUUCAUGAAAGGCUAUUACAAGAUUAACUUAAAAAAAAAAGACUUUUUUUCUUAAAUUUACCUCUUAUACUGAAUGCCCCGCUGCCUCAAGCUAUCCUGCACGUUUGUAGAUUCACCUCGGAGAAGGGUGGGGAAGAGGGAAGACAACUUCGUGAUGGUUUUAAGCUGAGCUUGAUUUCUAGACGGUGGGGUGUUGGCCUCCCACUAACCACUGUAUACAGGUGACUUUAGUUCAUUUGCACACAAAUGCUUUCCCCUCACUAGUGUACUUCCUUCUCCAAAGAUCUUGUAAUGCUCAUCAUGUUACUUAAUGAAUCCUGUAGUGCUCUGAGAGCUCCCCCUGAUGGUGGCAGAAAGGUGCCCAGGACGUAGUUUAAAUCCACGUUUCUCAAAUGUGGCCACAAUGACCAUAGCCUCCUGGGCAGUGACGGGAGGGAAGCAGCACCUCUCCCCCAGGGCCACAAGAAGGGGUUGGGCCCUCCCCCUCCUCUGGAGCCACAAACGCUGGAGGCAGCCAGUGAAUUCCCCACCUCCCCAGGGGUGGUGAGGCUUGGGCUUCGGGCAUCAACCCUGGAGCGGCAGGUGGCAGGUUCCAGUCAUGGGACUUUGCGCUUCAGCCCUGGACCCCAGCCACGCGGUGGCGGGUGCUGGCUCUGGGCUCUCACUCCCCUCCCGUUCAUUGUCCCUGGCCCCUCUACAGCCUCCUCCGGCCUCAGGCUCGUACCGUGAGGUGGCGGGCUCUGACCUGGGCUCACGUCCACCCCCUAUUAUCCCUGGCGCCCAUUGUCCCUCUACCCACCUCCCCAUCCAGGGCUUAAUUUGUGCCCUGGCUUGCCAGGGCUGAGUAAGUCUGCUGUGAAAAUUGAUAUUUGUACGGUUGUUAAUAUCAGUUAUUAUCUUGUUAAUCACUUAUCACAGCCUCCUAACUAGCUAAUAAUUCUGCUAUGAAAAGUGAUAUUAGCAAACAUACAGAUAUUACUUUUCGCAGCAGCAGAAUUACUAGCUAGCAAGUCUUUUUUUUUUUAAAAAAAAGCAACCAAAAACAAAACUACAAC